AUGUCGUCGACCACUGCCACCCCGCGCAAGGCCGGUACCGGCAAGGACCGCUGGACCGAGGAGCACACCAAGAUCCUCGUGCGCGGCAUCAUCAACAAGACCAUGGCUACCCGCAAGGACCUCUACGUGCUCGAGGGCAUCCUCGGGUGUGUCGACAACCACGGAAACGACCGUACCUCCAAGAAGGUCGUCCAGAUCCUCGAGACCCUCGCCGCCGCGUUCAACCUCGAGAAGGGCGCCGUGCGCGCCGGCAAGACCACCGCCGCAGCCUCAGCAACGAAGCGCAAGGCGAACGGCUCGGCUGCCAAGCCCGCGCCCAAGAAGCGCCGCGGCGUCAAGGUCGAGACUACGGAGGAGGAGUGGGAGGAGACCGAGGAGGACGACGAGGCCGAGGCCGAGUUCACCGAGUGA